AAUGAAUUUUUAUCGUUAUUCCGUCACCGGUUUUGAUGACCUCCAAUUAAUGUUACGUCAAUUAGAUUCUCGUUUGAAACAGAGUUCGCAUCCUGACAGACCUUUACCUUCCCAUAUUAUUUUUGUUUAUUUUACUGAUUCGAAAUUAUCUGACGGCUCUAAUUGGUGUGAGGACUCUGCUAAGGCAGACCCUAUAGUUUGGCUAGCUUUGGAUAAAUUGGAAGAAAAAUUAAAAAAUGAGGAGUUAAAUAGUUCCAAUUCAAUUAAUAAUGUGCCUAUACAUUGGGUUAAUUGUCAAGUUGGUGCUCGUGAUUACUGGUAUAAUCCAAAUAAUCCGUUUCGACGUGAUCCUCAACUUCGUCUACACCAAAUUCCAGCAUUAUUAGCCAUGUUUAAAAAGGGCGGAGAAUGGGCAGAUUGGGGGAAUACUGAAGAUGUUAGUCAAAUUUAUGAAAAAGAGGAAUAUUUUGGUGAUUUAAAAGCUAUACAAGUUGUGAUUGAUGAUUUUUUACAUUUGGCUAGUAGAUUUGCUAAUUAAUUAAUUUAAAAAAAUCGAAAAAUAAAUUUUAAAAAUGUUUUAGGCCUCAUUUUAAGUCAUUUCCACUCUCUGGGUACCAUAACCCUCCCAAUAGCAACCAACCCUUCCUUCAUAUUUUCCUUUGAUAAAAACGAGCCUUAAGCUAAAACCUUUAUUUAAGCAUAAUACACAUAAGCGAGGAUUUUCUUUUAAAAAUUCCUUUCCUUUGUUAAAAACCAGAAAAUUUUAUUUUUAUUUGAACAAAA